CUUUCAUUAUGCAAUGUUCAUACUUAUGAACGACAUUCACCCGUUCUACUUUUUCAACCUUGCACAAUACACAAUAGCUGGUUGUCUAUCAAUAGAUGCUCUGACUUUGGCUUAGUUAUGAACAGGGAAUUCACCCAUCUUCUCUUCUCGUCGUCACAUGCUCCGAUGGUUAACAACCAUAGAAUAGUUCUUCCAAACUAUGGACGAGACUGGUGACGAUGCACAUUAUGAGAAGAGUGUCGUUAAUUGAUAUAUACGAGUUCAGUCUCACAGCUUAGAAACGAUUAACAUGUUUAAACGCCAAGUAUGUGAAAGUCUUUGAAAUCAUGAUAAUAGAUUUAAUUGUAUGAAUAGGGACAAUGGAGCGAUCAAGAUACUGCUGGACCCCCGAAUUCGCGCGUUUUCUUCAGUUCCCUUUUCGCUUCGUAUUUGCCAUCGCCAUAUCAGACUUUUUUCGUACACAUUACUUCGAUCAUCAUGCCACGAGUGAUGCCAGCUGCAUUAAGAUGUCUGUGCAACACACAGAAGGGGCACCGAUGCAAAAGGAAGACAAGGCACCCAACAAGAAUAUGCCACCAACAUCGGAGAAACUUCGCCGACGAUGCCGCGUAAGUUUUAGAACACGUCUGAAUCGUGAGCUUUUCAUCCAUGCUGAGCCAGACGUUCAAUCGGACUGA